CAUUUACAGAUGGAGAAUAUACCUGUGAAAUAUCGUUGUUGGACGUUUUUCCCAGGGCAGUGUCUGGUCUUCGAGUUCCACCUGUUCCUCGCUGGAUUUACUCGCCUGUUUUGUCUUCCUGCCUUUUCCCGGAGGAUUUCUAUCUUUAAGCCCUGUGAUAUUCUGUGUUUACUGGAUUCCUGUUCGCUCCAUUUCCUUCCUCGGAGGAUCAGGCAAAUCGAGUUGUGUCGAAGCCCAGGACAAGGACUGGCUGACCGGGCAUCAUGCAUCUCAAGGACUGGGCCUGGUGUCGAUGCCUCCUCCAAGCCUGACUGCCAAAGGAGGAACUCACAGGGGAACUCUCCGGGAGAGCAAAAUGGUGCUCGACUCUCGUAUCCCCCCCUUGGUUACCGUGAUUUUACCAAGUCCCAUGAGCCGGAAGCGGAGGGGCGAGACGGCUCUCUAUGCUAUGAAGGAGAGGGGAACGAUGGGAUAUGUUUUCUCCAUCCAGAGGUUCAGAACAGCAGAUGGCACCAACUCUCAAGUAGGAACAUAGACCUGCCACUAACCAACAAAAUAUACUCCAACAUACACAGUGGAUGUUCCCUUUUUUCUAUGGAAGCUUUGUUUGACGAUAAAAUAAGUAAUUUUAACUUCUCAAUUCAGAUUCUUGCAAUUGUGAGAUUACAUAUUGCAAUUCUAGCCUUUUCCCUUAAUUGUGAGAAAUUUGCAAUUACAUGUUAUACAGUUAAAAUAAAAGCUUAAGAAUUGUGAUCAAAAUGUUCUGAAACUUGCAAGUUUAUAAAUUCCAAAAAUAGUUACACACAUGCAGCAUGCAAUGACAAGUCAGGAACCACCAAGGAUUGAUUUGUCAGUUUUAUUGAAAACUCUUUUGCCCUUGAACCAUUACAGGACCAAGUGAU